GCGGCGGCGGCAGCGGCUGGUGGGAGCCCGAUGUGGCAGAGGGGCAGCCGCCGCCGACCGGGAGGCGGAGGGCCCGCGAAGCUCAGAGCUGGGGAUACCGCCGCCAUCCUCUUCGCCUACCCCGCAGCCCUCCUAGACGCGCUCCCCGCCUACAGGUCCACCCCUCCCAGCCCGUGCAAGCACCCGGCUCGUCGCCUGCUGAUCCUCCUUCGACACAGGCUCACCGCGGAGGCAGCAGCGAGGUGCAUGAAGACCCCCAACGCACAGGAGGCCGAAGGGCAACAAACCAGGGCAGCUUCGGGACGGGCUACUGGGUCCACAAACAUGACGAAGAAAAAAACCUCCCAAAAGAAGCAGAGAGGCAGACCUUCGUCCCAGUCCCGCAGGAACAUCGUGGGCUGCAGAAUUUCACAUGGAUGGAAGGAAGGUGAUGAGCCCAUCACCCAGUGGAAAGGAACCGUUCUGGAUCAGGUGCCUAUAAAUCCCUCUCUUUAUCUGGUGAAAUAUGAUGGAAUUGACUGUGUCUAUGGACUGGAACUUCACAGAGAUGAAAGAGUUUUGUCUCUUAAAAUUCUUUCCGAUAGGGUGGCAUCAUCUCAAGUCGGUGAUGCCAACCUUGCAAACACCAUAAUUGGUAAAGCUGUGGAACAUAUGUUUGAGGGUGAGCAUGGUUCUAAGGAUGAAUGGAGGGGAAUGGUCUUAGCCCAAGCACCUAUCAUGAAAGCCUGGUUUUAUAUUACCUAUGAGAAAGAUCCUGUGUUGUACAUGUACCAGCUUCUAGAUGAUUACAGAGAAGGAGACCUCCGUAUCAUGCCAGAGUCCAGUGAGUCUCCUCCAGCAGAGAGGGAGACAGGAGGAGUUGUAGAUGGCCUGAUAGGUAAACAUGUGGAAUAUACCAAAGAAGAUGGCUCCAAACGGAUUGGCAUGGUCAUUCACCAAGUGGAAGCCAAACCCUCUGUGUAUUUCAUCAAGUUUGAUGAUGAUUUCCAUAUCUAUGUCUAUGAUUUGGUGAAAAAGUCCUAACUGUUAGGGUAAACUUUGCCACAUUUGUGAGAACAAAUGUAUACUUUGUAGACGUGCAAAACAAUGUUGCUUUUCAGUGUAUUGAAAGCUUAAGGGUCCCUGUUAAUUCAACAUCUUUGCCAGCAUAACUGUUGUUUUUUUUUUUUUUUUUUUGAGAAAUACAAAUUUAUGUGGACAUGACAUGCUGUGUGUAAGGACUUUGUCAUGUUGAAAAGAUUGGGUGUGUUUGGUGGAUGGGGCAUGAAAGGAAGGGACAGCUGUAAAUGCAGGCUGUGAAUAAAGUUCAGCUAGUAUCAUAAUCAGUCAUCUAAAAAUGGAAUAGGACUUAGCUGGUCUGGUCUAGAGAGGGGGGAGGAGAAGGAACUAGAGAUGGGCUGUAGAGGGAGGGAGAAUGGGAGGUGACUGCUUAGGAAGAGGCUCCCUGGAGGAGGGAUGGCCUAAGAGAAAGAGGCACCCAACUAGGAGGGGGUAGAGAAUAACAGAGAGAGAGUGAGAUCUUGGGGCUUAAAGGAAAACAAACAGAAUGCCUUGAGUAGAGAGGGUCUCAAAGUAGCUUAGAAGAGGUCCAGAGCAAGGGGCAGGGGGAGAGAAAGUUGGCAGGAAUCUGGAGGGUACUCAAAGGGAGGGUCUGCGCAUGAGUAAGGAGUCAGAAGGGGAGGAACACUGAGGAAGGAAGAAUUCCAAGCAGGAAGAUUGACAGAGGAAGUGAGAAUGCAGAAAAGGAGGUGUGGGGAAUGGGGCCCAGGAGACAUGGGAAAGCCCAGGAAAAAGUUGGACUUCUGGCAGUAUCCACAUUGCCUUCCCCUGGCUCUGUGCAGAAAAGAUGUAACAGCUGUCAAAGAAGCCAAAUGGGUUGGAAGUUCCCUAGAAUGGCAUUUUGACAGGGAUGACUUGAGUUAAGUAGGAGCCAACUUUAUACCUAAAAGGCUUUUCUUAUUUCAGGGAGCUCAUGCCACACCUGCCGAGCAGAACCCAAACCCUCGGCUUAAACACACUGACCUGACACCCCAUGAGCUGGGGGCUGUAAGCAGUCUCCUCACUUUUCCCAGAGGACCAGGUGCAGUAAUCUUGGACCCAGAGGUCUUGGUUCAUUUCCCUUACACUGGAUAAACAAUUCUUGUGGGGCGUAGGUAAGCGGAGUGCUCAGGACUUAAGAGAUGUGCCUCCUUGCGUUUGGAAAGUAUUUUAUCCAAAAAAAAUUAGAACCUUACUGAAGUCAGGUACAGGAGUCCCCUCACUGUUCUUUCUCCUACUGGACUGUGCCUUGCCUCCCUAGAGAGGAGGGGCAUCAGAGGAUUGAGCCUAAUGUUUAUCUCAGGACAUGGGGAGUACUUGACAGUCCAUGCCUAGCUCAGCAGCUGCCUGAAACCACAGGUGGUUCCACCCAAUGCUUCACUGAAUGGAGGUCUGCUGCCUCUAGAGUCCCUAUUCAGGCUAUACCGUGACAAAGCUGGUGGCUACUGACCCUUCACAGGUACCUCCUGACCAGCCUUGCCCACCUCAAGCACACAGGGAAGCUGUGAUGGAAGUUUGUGCAGCUCUGUUUCCAGG